GGGUCUGCAAGUGAUUCCCGAGCGAGCAAUGCUAACUUACGUCAACGAAAAAUACAUAUACAACAAAAACGCAACAGUCAACGUGAGAAGGUACGGAAGGAAGAGUGGAUACUACAUCAACAUUGAAGCAAACAUCAAAAUGGAGUUCGGAAACAACGUAUCGCUUAACUUAGUCUGGUUUGAGUUCCUUCACAAUGAGUAUAAACGCAGUUUCGUGGAGAUGAAGUUCCCGAAGAUUUGCGACGCGUUAAACUCGGAUCCCUAUAUUGGCGGAGCAUUCAAACUUAUUGGUUUGAUAUGCCCAAUACCACCGGGAAUGCAAAAGCUGGACAAUAUAACGGUGCCCAUGCAUAAUUUUCCUAAUGUAUGGCCCUUUGAAAAAUGUAAAGUUGAAGCAACACUGCUCCAGAAUAAGAAUCGGGAAGUCAUGGCUACUGCGGAUAUUUAUGCCCUUUUUAAACAAAGCGCUAACGGAAAAUAA